AUGACCAAUCCUCAGCCUACAAUUGAAGGUGGUGUUUCAGAAGUUGAGAUAAUUUCACAACAAGUGGAAGAAGAGACCAAAAGCAUUGCUCCUGUACAGCUUGUUAACUUUGCUUACCGUGAUCUACCUUUGGCUGCACUUGAUCUGUCCGUGGCUGGGUCCCAGCUUUUGUCAAAUUUGGAUGAGGAGUACCAAAGAGAAGGAUCUAACUGGCUAAAACCGUGCUGUGGGAGACGAGCAGCUGUGUGGCAGGUAUUUUUGCUCAGUGCAAGUCUCAACAGUUUCCUGGUAGCCUGUGUAGUAUUGGUGGUGAUUCUUCUGACUCUGGAGCUCCUAAUAGAUAUAAAGCUUCUCCAGUUUUCAAGUGCUUCACAGUUUGCAGGAGUAAUUCACUGGAUCAGCCUAGUCAUCCUCUCUGUAUUCUUUUCAGAGACUAUUUUGAGGAUUGUGGUCCUUGGCAUAUGGGAUUACAUUGAAAACAAAAUAGAGGUGUUUGAUGGUGCUGUCAUAAUCUUGUCCUUGGCACCAAUGGUGGCCUCAACAGUGGCUAAUGGCCCCAGCAGCCCAUGGGAUGCUAUCAGCCUUAUCAUCACCCUGCGGAUAUGGAGAGUGAAGAGGAUCAUUGAUGCGUAUGUCCUUCCAGUGAAAGUGGAGAUGGAGAUGAUGAUUCAGCAAUAUGAGAAGGCAAAGGUUAUUCAAGAUGAGCAGCUGGAAAGACUAACCCAGAUCUGCCAAGAACAAGGG